UGGGCCAGGCCCAGCCCCCUCCUCCUAUAGGAAACUACUCGGUGGUAACAUACACACAGCGUAGGGAGCAGCAGGUACCUUCUCUGUUAUACACAACUUUGCAAGCAGGACUGAACAAUGGAUUCCCUAAGUGCAGCUAAUGGCACAUUUGCCAUCAAUUUCUUAAAAAAAAUAAAUGAAAGUAAUAAAACCGGCAAUAUAUUUGUGUCUCCACUGAGUAUCUCAUCAGCUCUGUCCAUGGUUCUUCUGGGUGCUAAAGGCAACACUGCUACUCAAAUGUCUCAGGUUCUCAAACUGGACAAAGUAGAUGAUGCCCACUGUAACUUCCAAUCACUUAUAUCUGAAAUCAACAAAUCAGGCACUAAUUACCUCUUAAGGACAGCCAACCGUCUGUAUGGGGAGAAAUCAUACACAUUCCUUGAGGAAUUCCUAGGAUCAACUCAGAAGCAUUACCAUGCAGACCUAAAAGCAGUUGAUUUUAGUAGAAAGGCAGAGGAAUCCAGAGGUGAAAUCAAUGAGUGGGUGGCACAAAAAACUGAAGGAAAAAUAAAGGACCUGUUGUCUAGUGGUAGUGUUGAUUCACUCACUAGAUUGGUUCUUGUGAAUGCAAUUUACUUUAAAGGGAACUGGGCAAAUAAAUUUAAUCCGGACCAUACUCAUGAAAGCCCAUUUCGACUCAAUAAGAAUGAAACCAAGCCUGUGCAGAUGAUGUUCAAAAAAGCAAAGUUCCCAAUGACCUAUAUAGGAGAAUUGUUCACCAAGGUUGUAGAAAUACCCUAUGUUGACAAUGAGCUUUCUAUGAUUAUAUUGCUCCCUGAUGAUAUUAAUGAUGGCACCACUGGAUUGGAAGCGCUUGAACAAUCCUUAACCCAUGAGAAGUUUUUGGAAUGGACAAACCCAGAAAUCAUGCAUAAAUCUGAAAUAGAACUUUCUCUACCUAAAUUUAAGUUAGAAGACGAGUAUGACCUAAAGUCUGUUCUCAGCAGCAUGGGGAUGCCAGAUGCCUUUGACCUGGACAAAUCUGAUUUGUCAGGGAUGUCUGGCAAUAUGGAUCUGUGUCUUUCUAAAGUGAUGCACAAAUCCUUUGUGGAAGUGAAUGAGGAGGGGACCGAGGCAGCCGCGGCAACUGCUGUAGUAGUGAUGCUUCGUUGUGGUAGAUUUACUACCAGAGUCACUUGUGACCACCCAUUCCUUUUCUUUAUCAUGCACAGGCAAACCCGCAGCAUUCUGUUCUUUGGCAGAUUCUCUUCACCCUAAAGAUCAGUUUGCCAUGAAUAUGAUGCUUCAUGAUCUCUUAUAUACAAGAAAUCUGUGUAAAUUUUAAAAUAUGAUGGAUGCUUAUGUGUUUUUUAAGUACUUUUACUCUUUUGCAACUGAAUGCAUAAAUAUUUAAGACAUUUUACUCUAUUCUAUUAGGGAUGCACCGAACCCACUUUUUUGGGUCCGGCCAAACCCCCGAACCCACCCUGAUGGAUUCUGCCGAAUCCUAAUUAGCAUAUGCUAAUUAGGAUCAGGAAGGGUUAAAAGUUGCUGUGCGCGGCUAAAAAUCCCCCCCUAAAAUGUAAUCCUUUCUGAACGCUAAUUAGCAUAUGCUAACUAAUGCUAAUUUGGAUUCGGUUCGGCCAGGGCUGUGGAUUUGGCUGAAACCGAAUCCAUAAAAAAAAGGCUAGAUUCGGCCCGAAUCCUGAACCAAAUCCAGGAUUCGGUGCAUCCCUAGUUCCUAUAUAGUCAUAUCUUAAACUCAACCAGUUAGACUUAUGCUGUACCCCUCACUAAAGGUACCAGGAAUAGAACUCUCAUGUUGUUUGACUCAAGUAUACUAGGAAAUGCUUUGCAGGUUUAUUUGGCAUAUUAGGUAGCAAGUUCAUAAUAUGAGCAAAAGGCUUUUAUUUAUAACAAAGGCAAAUAUUUUCAACAUAUUUUACUAACAAAUACACUGUAUAUACAAAAAUGUAGCUUUUUUUUGUUUACAAAAGUAUAAGUAAGAUAACUGUAAAGGAGGAUCUUCAGUUUGAAAUUACAGCAGCUGUCUGGUUGAUAGGGUCCAGUUUGCCCUAGCAACCAGGCAGUGGUUCUACUAAAAAACUGGAAUAUGAAUAGGAGAGGGCCUGAAUAGAAAGGUAAGUACUAAAAUGAAAUUGAAGUCUUGCAGAUCAAUAGUUCUUUGGCUGUCUGGGUCAGUGAUAGAAGUGGCAUAAAAAGAAUGAAAAAAAUGAAAGACCAAUGUAAAAGUUUCUAGGUCAUUUUAUAACAAAAUGUUAAUGUAAAGAUGAGAUUACUCCUUAAUUGUGUGGUCAGAGUUACUAAGAAAAAGGUUUUUUUCACUGAAAGUGUCUUGUGUUGCUUUUUUAUGACAUGAAUAAAUAACUGAAACCUUUGUGCACA